GCGAUACAGUUGUUGUUGACGGGCGGCUGUAGCCCCGCCCCUCGCCCUGCCCACUUCCGGCGCCGGCGCUGAGGGAGGAGGAGCCGCCGCGUCCCCCCCGCCCCGGGCCAGCCCCGGGAUGGUGUUGGCCGCGGGAGACGGGCCCUGACGCCGCGCUCAGAUUGAAGACAGCAGUAAUGUUAACUCUGGCAAGCAAGCUGAAGCGGGAUGAUGGUGUCAGAGGACCCCGUGCAUCCAAUCCACCUUCUGAUUCAACUCGGAGGGUGUCUGUACGAGAUAAAUUACUUGUUAAAGAGGUUGCAGAACUUGAAGCUAAUUUACCUUGUACGUGUAAAGUGAAUUUUCCCGACCCAAACAAGCUUCAUUACUUUCAGCUAACUGUAAUCCCAGAUGAGGGCUAUUACCAAGGUGGAAAGUUUCAGUUUGAAAUUGAAGUUCCUGAUGCCUACAACAUGGUGCCUCCAAAGGUAAAAUGCUUGACAAGAAUCUGGCAUCCGAACAUUACAGAGACAGGAGAAAUCUGCCUAAGUUUAUUGAGAGAACAUUCAAUUGAUGGCACUGGCUGGGCUCCAACUAGAACAUUAAAGGAUGUCGUCUGGGGAUUAAACUCUUUAUUUACUGAUCUUUUGAAUUUUGACGAUCCUUUGAAUAUUGAGGCUGCAGAGCAUCAUUUGCGUGACAAACAUCAGUGCUUCUGUAGUAAAACGUCAGCCCUCUCCCCCUUCAUCCGUCUUCGGCAUGACAACUCUGAUGACGUGGAAAACUACUUCAGCGUAGAGGCAGGCAGCUGUGCCUCUGGGCCAGCUAGCGGUGGGACGUCACCCAGGCCCAGAGGGACGUGGCAGAAGCUCCAGUGGGCAACACAACCACUAGAUGAGUGUUCUGGCAGGAGGACUUUCGGAAUAAAGUUGAAGACUACAUUAAGCGCUAUGCGAGAUGAUGAAGGGAGAUGGAUGGCAGGACCAUGGCUUCCACACGACAGUUGUCCUUAACUUCAACAACAACAACCACAACAAUAAAACCAGCCCGGAUUGUACUAGUCCUGUGUCCAUGUUGUACUGAAGAAGAAAACUAACUUCAUACCUUGUCCAUGUUAAAAGGAGAGUUCAGCAUAAAUACAGCAAGAAAAAUGUGUAUGUUGGUUGAAAAAAGUUGUUUGCUUACUUUAAAAAAUGUUUACUCUUCUGAACCGUACUGUAUAUCCUGUUGAUGAGAUAUGCUUGAGAAGUUAAAAGAAAUCACUAUUGAAAUUGUAAGUACACUUUUUUUAAACUCUUGCCUAGUUUGGAGGGGGGGAAGGAAAAAACAAAAGGUGGUGUGUUUUUGGAACACUUCAAGUUGGCAAUAAAAUGGUCUCCCAUGAACCAAAUGACAAUACUGUUGCCUUUGAUGAGCAGAAAUAAUAUGAGCUUUUUCCAAGAGUCAGUCCGCUGAGGCUUAGAGCUUGCCAGAAUGCAAGUGCUAAAUCAGAUUCUACUUCUGGUAUUGAAAUUCUUGAUGAUAUUUAAUGUAAGUACAUUUCUGUCACAUGUUUGGAAUUUUUACAUUGUUAUUUUCAGCUCCUGUUUGGGCUAACAGUAUUUUUUUUGUUUCUAUUUGUUGUGUGAAGUAGUUAAAAGAAAUACAGGCUAAUCUGUAAUUUAAGUAAAUGUGUAGUAUUAGUAAAAUUUAUUAUAUAUAUAUUAUAUAUAUAUAUUUCUGUGAAAACGUAAUGAAAGGGAGAUUUUUUUUUUAAGAAAUCUGCCUUUGGCUUUCCACUCUGGAUGUGGUCAGGGAGCAUCAGUGUUUGAUCUGAUGAAAGUAAAUUCAAGCACCGUUACCUGGAAAAAAACCUCUUUGUGUUCUUCAAACUUCUGCACUGAAAGCGAAUGACUAAUAAUGCAGCUGAGACUAAUACGACACUGCACCCUCUUUUAAACACUCGUGCGCACCUGCUUUUUGGUAAUUUGAAAGGAUAUGAUGCUGUAAUUGCCUUUUCUGUAAGUAGCUGUAUAUACCACAUAGUAUGUGCGAGCGGAGAUCCUGCAGAAGAGUUGCAUGAACCUCAGGAAUCACUUCAGAUGAGAAUUCCGCUGCCUGCCGUGUGCCGGAGCUCCCCGCUGGUCCCCUCGCUGCCGGGGCCGUGACGUGGCCGUGACGUGGCCUCAGAGACCGAAACGCUCCUGGGGUCACGCCGAGGAGGAGCAACGGAACCGAUUCAAGCUUUUAUAAAUAGAUAAAACAUAGAAAUAAAUGUCUGUGUGGUUUCAUAUGGAGCAAGUGUGUAAU